AUGGCCGGUCCACUGCUACAGGAGCACCCACCGCCGCAGGAACCGCCGCAGCUCGCGCUCCUCCCGCCUCGCACCGCGUCCCUCAUCCGCUCGUCGACCAUCGUCCCGACGCUCCCCUCGAUCCUGUCAGAGCUCGUGCAGAACAGCAUCGACGCACGAGCGACUGCGAUCAGCUGCGCCGUCGACCUAGACACCUGGACGGUCCGGGUGGAGGACAACGGGACGGGGAUCGCUCAACAGGACCUCGCCUUGCUCCGUACCGCCGCCCGACACCUCACGAGCAAGCUCAGCGUGACGGCAAAUGGCACGGCGGACGGGGCGUUCGCGGGCGUGACGACCUACGGGUUCCGAGGGGAGGCGCUCGCUUCGUUGCAGGAUGUCGGGACGCUCGAGAUCCGGACGAAGACCACAGACGACGAGGAGGCACAGCAGCUUGUUUUGAGAGGCGGAGAGUGCUUGGUGUAUGGCGCGAGCAGGACGGAGCGAUCUACCGGGACGACUGUCUGGGUCAGGGAUAUCUUCUACAAGCUACCCGUCCGCCGUCGCGCACUGUCGAAACCUUCCGCACAGUCGACUCUCCUCGCCUCCCUACGUUCCGCCCUCUCGACUCUGUCCCUCAUCCACCCUUCCAUCUCCUUCUCUCUUACCGACUCGACUUCCUCUUCCGCCAUGUCAAGCGGCGAGAGCAAGACUCUCCUGUCCGUCGGUCGAAGCGGCGAAGGUGUGCUCGGCAGGUGGAGACAGCUUUGGGGUCGGGCUGGAGUCGAGAAGGUGUGGGAGUUCGGUGAAGCUGAGAAGGAAGAGCACGUGGUAGAAGGCGUCGGUGAAAAGCUGAGGGCGCGCGGGUUCUUCUCACUCUCAGCUGCCCACACCAGGGCGGGCCAGUUCAUCUUGUCGGUUGUACGGCGCACAGACGUCAACUCCCGCCCUCUCGCCGCUGCCCAAUCCCCUCUCCACAAACUCCUCAACACCCUCUUCGCCUCCUCAUCCUUCUCCCGCCAUUCGUCCUCGCACCUCUCCCUCCCCUCAUCAUCCACCUCAUCGCCCGCUCGCGCCCGCGCAAGUCCGCAGAAGAAGUCGAUCGAGCGCUUCCCGGUGUUCGUCGUCGUGCUCGAGGUUCCUGGAAAGGUAGUCGAUGUCAGCUUUGAGCCGGACAAGCGGGUCGUUGAGUUUGAGGAUCCGGCUCGCAUCGAAUCUUUCCUCGCAUCGAUCACCAGCCGCUUCCUCGUCGAAAAUGGAUUCCUCCACGCCGCCGCCCCAGCGAAACAGCUCGCGCCGCCCUCGGCGUCGCCGACAAAAGGGAAGAAGCGCUCUCGCACAAUGGAAACGGUCGAGAAUGCGUUCGUCUCUGCAGGAUCACGGACGAGGAGCCAAAAGCGAGUCGCUAUGGCCGAUGACGCGGCAUUCGAAGUGUUCCCAGCAACCGUACCGCCUGCUCGCACUCGUUCCGCUCCUUCCGCCAUCCCGCCUAUCGCGCGCCCUUCGCCCGCUACCGUCUUCGCCCAGUCAUCCGAAGCCAACGAGACGCUUCCAACGACCGGCGACGACGAUGCCUCGUACAAGUGGACGGACCCGGUGACGAAGCAGGCGUGGCUGAUCGACGGACGGACGGGGAACAGCAAGCGGUGCGAUGAGUGUUGUAGCGGAGCGGCUGACGACGAUGGACGGAGGCAGGACGGAGGGAAGAAGGGAAAGGUCGAUAGGCGGUGGCUGAAGCAGGUCGAGGAGCGAGAAGACGGGACAGGAGAGGCGGAAGACGUCCCGGAUUGGCUGAAGAGCACGCUCGAGACAUGGGACAACCCAGUGUUCCCCGCCACCGCAUCGACAGGUCGAACGAUCCCCUCGCUACCUUCGCUUCAGACCGCCUCAUCCGCCGUCCAGCCAGGCCAACCACUCGCAACUCUUCCGGCCGCCUUCCGCACUACGAAGCCUAUCCUGUCGAACCGCCUCACAGCCUUGAAGCUGAAGCAGAUGAACGAUUUCGGGCGAACGACCGUCAGCCUCGACGUUCCGACGCUCACCGCAGACCUCGAUCCGUCUUCGGUUCCCUUCCUCGCACCUCUCGAAGCCGGCGCGCAGUCCUUCUCCCGCACAUCGCUCGCCCAAGCAGAGUUCAUCGCGCAAGUCGACACCAAGUACCUGCUCGUCCGCGUCCCUGCGUCUUCCAAAGGUCACGGCGCAACGCUCGUUCUUGUCGACCAACACGCCGCAUCGGAGCGCGUCAGGGUCGAGCGCUUCCUUGAUGCAAUCGUCGGGCGAGUCGUGCGUGGCGAGGCUGUCGAGGCAAGGGAAUUGGGAGCGGAGGAGAGGGUCGGAGUCGUCGUCAGUCGAGCAGAGGUCGAGGCUGUCCAGCGCUGGAGGUCGGUCUUUGAGCGUUGGGGUCUGCAAUUUGCUGCAGGUGCGACCGAAGAGGAGAAGGAGGGCGACUAUCACCAGCUCUGGCUCUCCACGCUCCCCUCGCUUCUCUCGGACCGGCUCUCGAAGGAUGCCCGACUCGCUCAAGACCUCAUCCGCUCAUUCGUCGGCCACCUCGAAGAACACGGUGCAGGAGUUGCCGGGCGCGAAGGUCGGCAGGGCGAAGGCUGGACGAGCGGGAUGAAGGACGUCCCGCCUGUCUUGCUCGACUUGAUCAACUCGAAGGCAUGUCGCGGAGCAAUCAUGUUCAACGACGUCCUUACUCCCGCUCAAGCAUCGACUCUCCUCGCUCAACUCGCCCAGACGUCCUUCCCCUUCCAAUGCGCGCAUGGCAGGCCCUCUCUCGUCCCUAUCGUCAACUUGCCGGCGCCCUCGAGGAGCGGAGGUCGGGGUGGACAGAUUGAUUGGUCGCGAUUCGCUUGA